UCCUGGUAGAAAAAUGGAAAUGCUACAACUUAUGUGGAAUAAUGGCAACACUCGUCAGUUGCGUGCGUGCGAACGAGUUGAGCUGUUGUGUGGCAGUUCGCGUACUUUCAACAAAUUGACUUUCAACGCCUCGCUAUCUUCGCGUAGGCGUACACACACGAAGCAGAGACGGCAGCGGGCGGCGACAGCGGCACGCUCGCGGGAGACAGCACCGGCAGCAAGACGGACAGCGCGCGGCAACCGGGGCCCGCGCGCAUCGCCUCGGGGCGGACGCCAGUCCCCCCGCGGCGACGCUGGGUCCCGCCCUCAUCACUCAGACAUCACGACGUGCCCGACGGAGAUGCCAAGUACGACAUCAUAUUCCGCAAGGUAUGAUGCAUCCAGCUCCUUCCUCAGGUAUCCAACUCUCCUCAUGCUUUCUGACCGGCCGUCCUCUGUGUAG